UCUAUAUUACAAUACUGGGCCAAGUGGGUAAGCCCGUAUAUAUAUAACACAAAAACUACAACAAAAACGUUUCUGGCUCUUGGAGUAAUAGAAAUCGCAAUCUCUGCCAUCUUCAUUUUGCAUCAUUGAACAAAACAAGUAGAUCUCUAGCUUCAGUUUAAGUUUUCAUCAUGUCAGGCAAGUAUAUCGUAGCUUCCUUAAUUGGAUCAUUUGGAAUUGCAUGGGUCUGUGAUUAUUAUGUUUCAGACAAAAAGAUAUUUGGAGGUACUGUGUGUGCCACAGCUUCAAACCCGGCAUGGCAAGAAGAGACUGACAAGAAGUUUAAUGCAUGGCCUCGCACUGCUGGUCCUCCAGUCGUCAUGAAUCCUAUUAGUCACCAGAAUUUCAUUGUGAAGUCUCGCCCAGAGGCUUAAUUUGGUUGUUUAUUGGUUUUGAAUUAAUUGGUUCACCUUGGUCAUGGAAUGUCAACAUAAAUGAUAGUUAAACUUGAGAUGAGACUCUUGCAGUUCAAUUACUAUUUGGGGGGUUUUUUACGAUGUGAAUGUUUUUUUUUUUUGUUAGAAUAAAAAAUGUUGAAGCAAUCUUGGAUUGAUUGAUGCAUAUAUUGUUUUAAAAUUCUAUAUGCUAAGAGCAGCACGAAUCUCGGAUGUUGAAGCAAUUCUUCCUUUACAGUCAUUGUUUCAGCUACCAAUGUUAUUUUGAAAUUCUAUGUGCUAAGAUUAGCAGAGUUGUUUA